AUGAGUUUUGAUUGCCAUUUGCAUGUAGCUGUUACUCCCUAUUCAAACAAAUUUAUUCAGGAUGGAGUAAAGGCUGUCGAGAAAUUCGAUCCCAACAAUUUAAUUCGACUUCCAUGGCCGCGUACCUUCCACGGCAAGGGUCGCGUACCCGAAGGCGGAUUUGGAGGGCAAAUUGUUGCCGAACAAAUGCAUGUUGUUUGGCACGGCGAUUCUCUUAUUUGCCCCAUUUCUGAACAAGCAAAACCAAUCGCUGAUCGCCCACCAAAACACGAAACAGAAAUUCAUUAUCACGGCGCAUUUCUUGCCCAAAUUGAUGGGCAAGUUGCCUAUGUGCCUGAUUUGGCUAAUACAACACAUUAUUUAAUUAUGGUAGAAAGUCCAGUAGCUGAGAUUCACGCCAUACGAUUUGGCCCUCAACACACAGCAUUAAUUGACCCAUUCAUAAAACAUUCCAUGCCUAUUCCACUCCGUGGAGAACUCCAAUUUAUUGUUUGGCAUAGAAGUGUAAAUGCAGUUGUUCAACUCGCCCCAGACCCUGCUGGUAUUCAACCUGUAGUAAUCAACUUAUGCAAAGUUAACCGAAUAGAGCCUAUUACUAUUAGAAAAGUUUGUUUGCCACCAGAAUUGGCUGCUAAAAAGCCCCACAAACUGCCCCAUUUGCCCCACUCUUUUGCUAAGGAAGUUGUACGUCUAACUGAUGUUAGUGAAACAGCUUUUGCUCCGUUUGGAAGAUUGAUAAAUGAUUUUACUAUGCAUAAUGAGGAACCGGGGGAAGCUUGUUGGCCUGGGGUGGAAGCAGCUUAUACGGAAGGAAUGGCUGGGACGUUGUGUCAAGAAUUUAUGGUUACUUGGAAAAUGCAACAGAUCGAACCAGAACAUGGUGUUGGUAAAUUAGAAUUGGAAUUUGAAGGGAUAACUGGGUCAUUUGCUGGAGAGAAGGGACACCCAGGAGUUGAUUAUUCUUCUGAUUUGGGAAUUUAUAGAGCUAAUUUGUUAAUGGCCCGUCCCGACGGAACAUUCUACAUACAACCCUCCCAUACUACCGACUCUUUUGUUAUGGCUUUUGCCCUUCCAGAUACUCAAACAGGCGAACCUAUUGAUAGAACAUUACAAGCAUUUACUUUUAGGGAAGGACAAGCACUUCGGUUAGAACCAGGUGUUUGGCACAGUGUGCCUAUUCCUUUGGUCGGUUCCGGCCCAGUUGUUUUUACAGAAGUUAUAGCUGCAACAAAUGCCAAUUUAGUAAUUAAUGUUUUGGAAGAGUGUGGACACCCUAUACAAUUUGUACAGGCUAUUUAA